AUGUCCAUAACGUUUGCCCUUCAACCCAAAAUCCCUGAAGCUCCAAUUUCUGAGUCAGAUGAUAGUAGUGCUUUGAUCCGUGAUAGGGUUGUAAUUAAAAGCUCAGCUCCAGAGCCACCCAGAAUCUAUGAAGCUCCCAUUUCUGAGUUAGAUGAUGAAGACGAUGAGGAUAUGGGUCUUGAUCUCUUUGAGGAUUAG